AUGAAUUAUCAUAAUCCUGACCCAUAUUAACAACCAUAUCCUCAAGGAUAGUAUAAUGAAAAAUAAUACAGAUACAGUGGAUUUUUGACUGAAACUCAAGAUGAUUACACUGAUUACUAAUAUUAUGAUCCUUACUAAAGUUAACUACAUAAUAGAACAUAUUUGAAUGAUGUACAACCUCUAAAUUAUAGUAUGAUUAUUAAUUAAAUUAUAGCAUAUAAUGAAUAUCCUCCCUAUCCAGUUAAAAUGGGAUAACCAUAAUUAUAUUUUGAUCCUAACGAUCCAAGUAAUAUUCCAUUUAUGCCUCAUGAAAGUAUGUAUUGACUCAUUUAUUUAAGGAUAUGAUGAUGGAUAUUAAGAAUAUGUAUUAUAAUUCAUUAAAAAUUUACCAAGAUCUACUUAAAAUUUUGAAGAAGUGGCUUUUGCAAAAUAUAUUGCUGAAUGCUCUAUUAUUGAUAAGAAAGUUUGGAAAUUACAAAGGAUGUUGAAAUAAGAUUAGAGAUUUAAUGUAAAAUUACUUUUUGAUUUCUUUGAUUCUAAAAAGAAUAGAACAAUAGACUAUAAUGAAUUUCAGUUAGGAUUGUAGAAAUUAGACAUCAUUCUAAAUUCAAUUGAAUUAACAUAAAUGUUUCUACGUUAUGGUGGCAAUGAUGAUAAUUAAAUCUCUUCAGCUGAAUUUAAAUAUAUGCUCUUAGGUCCAGAUGAUUAAUAACAAUUUAUGCAAUUUGGAGCCAUGCAUUAUAUGCAUCAUCCAUUAAAAUAGAAUAUUCCUUAGUUUCUAUCAGUAGCUCAAAGAGAAUGGAUAUGUGAAAUCAUGAAUCUACAAUUACAAUUAGAGAGAAACCUCAAUUUUAUUAGAGAAGUUAUAGGAACCAAAGAUAUUCUACUAGCCCUAUUCAAAUAGUUAGAUAUUGGUAUGAAGGGAUACAUUACUUUACAAGAUUUAGUAGUCUACAUGAAUGAAUUAGGAGGAUAAUUUGAAUAAUAUGAUUUAAAAGGUUGUUUAGAUAGAAUGUCAAAGUAAUAAUUUAAAUAUUCUUAGAGUUCAUUGUAGUCGAAUAAAUUAUAAUGAAUUUAAAAAGGAAUUCUUUUUAGAUCAAAAAUAGAAAUCUGACUAAGACUAAAAUAUUGAUAUUAUGAGUGAUAGGAAGAAAACAAGAUAAAAAGAUUACAUUCAGGAAUUACAUUAAAGAACAAAAGAUAUACAAAAUCAAUAAUAAUAGAUUCAAAAACUCUCAACUGAUAGAAAAUCAUAACCAUUAUUGACUACUACUAUUCAAAAUAAAUAACCAUAACCCUAUGUUAUAUAACCUCCUGUUGUAUAAAAAAAAAAAUAAGAAUAACCAUCUUAAUUAGAUGAUGACUUAGAUGAUUUGUUAUUUCCAGGUUUCUAGAAAUAUGAAUUAUAACCACCAGAUUAAGAAUAUUGAUAUUAUGU